ACGAAGCCUAGGGCAACAGGUAUGUACAAGUACCUUACAGUCUACUAAUUAGGAAGCUGAGCGCUAACCUCUAAUUGUGCAAUUUGCAAAUAUUUUCUACAUUACAACAUCUUGUAAUACACUGCAUUAUCUUUUAUUAAGAUUAAUGGUAAACUUCAUUUUUUUAAACUAGUUUUUCUUUUUACAUUUCUGAAUUUAAAAAACGAAACUGGUAAUGCGCUAAUACUUUAAUUUCUUUCUUUCUUUUUUGAGACAGUCUAUGUUGCCCUUCGUAGAGUGCUGUGGCGUCACAGCUCUCAGCAACCUCAAACUCUUGGGCUUAAGCAAUUCUCUUGCCUCAGCCUCCCAAGUAGCUGGGACUACAGGUGCCGGCCACUUCGCCCAGCUAUAUUUUGUUGCAGUUGUCAUCGUUGUUUAGCCGCCGGGCCGGUUUCAAACCCACCAGACUCAUUGUAUGUGGCUGGCGCCAUAACCACUGUGCUACCGAUGCCGAGCUGUAAUACUUGAAUUUCAUUAGAAAAAGCUAUUUCAGUCCUACCACCAAUACAAAAAAAAAAAAACACUUAUCACAUAUUGUAGCCAAUCUUCAGAAUUUGGCAAGGGCAUUUUAAGGGAAAGGUCAGGCUCCAGAAAAGGCUGCAGGUGGAAAUUUGCAUGGGAACUAUGGCCUCUAUCUUUUUGACAUAGUUUGGAUAAUGGUUUCUCUAGUUCAAAAAGCCAGCAAUUUAUCUUUUUAGAUUUUUAUUUUGAGGAAGUCAUUUCCUUGUUCUUUUGGUUAUGGUUUCCUUUACUCUUACAUCUGUGAACCAUAUUCCUUCUAUAAAAGGAAUUUUUGCCCUGCAAAGGUAAUUCUACAUCACUUUGCUUGGAGUAAGCUACCCUGUUGAUACCACACUGGCAUCUUCACUUGGAAAUUUUUCAUUCCUGCCGAUUCCAGGGUUACAAUCUUUCCACCCGCACUGUGAACGCUGAUUUUGGCAUUUGGUAUGGGUACACCACGUAUUGUUAAUGCUGGCUUUUAAAUUCGGUUUGGAGUGCUUUGUGUUACGUCCUUUGUUUAAUUUCCCUAAUCCUUUUCAGAUAGUCUGAUCUUAUAGAUAAUGCCUCCUUUUAGCACAUUUACCCAUAUAUAUCUGGGUCAAUUCUUAAAAAUGUUUAAUGCUCUUCGGAUUCAUUUCUUGAGGUUUAUUAAACUUUCCUACGGUCGGAGACCCUGAACUACCUCUGCCAGCAAGGUAGGUCUUAUCUUUAAGCCUGUAGUUGCUUAAUAAGCACAAUGAGACAGUUUAAAAGUUCAAGGGCCAGUGACUUUGGAUUUCAAAAAAUGCACAGAUCAAAAGAUUCACUAAAUAACACUUAAUCCAUUAUCCGAGAUGUCCCUCAUACUUCUCACACUAUUUCGUAGAAAACAAAAACCAUCACACGCACCUGUACCCUUCCGGGUAGAAACCAGGCAAAUUGGUUUUGAGUCAAUAUCGGCUCAUUAAAGGCCGACUGAAAACAUCCCCACGUCUGCUGCUUCUGUCACAACCCUUCCAACACGCGGCGCUCGCGGCUCGGGAGGCCCCAGCGGAGUCGCUGCCCUGAGGGGAGAGCGCGUUUGCCAGCUGGGCUGCAGCACCGCACCCACCCCCUGCCCCCUAGGUGGAUGAUGCAGGACUCGACCCACUUCCCUGUCCACCAGCUUCCUCCAAGUUAGUCCCGCCGGCUUCAACCAGUUUCGGGGAAUUUACUUUCUCCCCUGCUAAGUGGGCAGAGCGCCGAGUGAUCGAUGCUUCCUCCACGCCCCGAGAGCCGCCAUUUUGGGGGGAGGAGAAACACUAGCUGGGUGGCCGAGGCUCCACGGGAUGCCGCCUGGGUUUGGCUUCUCUUUCCAGCACGGUGAGGCCAGAGUAGAAGAAUCCAUCUGGGCUUUUCCUCCGGCCGCUUCUCCGGAAUGAGGUCUCGGCGCCCGCGCGGGACGACCCUCCUUCUCCUGGUAGACUCACAGAGCUUAACCAGAGGCCGAAGCCGAGACGAUGCCUGGGAAGCUGAAGGUGAAAAUCGUGGCCGGGCGCCAUUUGCCUGUGAUGGACCGUGCUAGUGACCUGACUGAUGCCUUCGUGGAGGUAAAAUUUGGUAAUACUACCUUUAAAACAGAUGUGUACCUCAAGUCGCUCAACCCUCAGUGGAACUCGGAAUGGUUUAAAUUUGAGGUGGAUGAUGAAGACUUACAGGAUGAACCACUGCAGAUCACAGUUCUUGACCAUGAUACUUACAGUGCAAAUGAUGCCAUUGGUAAAGUGUACAUUGACAUUGAUCCCUUAUUGUACAGUGAAGCUGCAACAGUCAUCUCAGGGUGGUUUCCAAUUUAUGACACCAUACAUGGUAUCCGUGGGGAAAUCAAUGUAGUUGUCAAAGUAGACCUCUUCAAUGAUUUAAAUCGGUUUAGGCAGUCAUCGUGUGGCGUCAAAUUCUUUUGCACAACAUCUAUUCCAAAGUGCUAUAGAGCUGUGAUAAUUCAUGGAUUUGUAGAAGAACUUGUGGUUAAUGAAGAUCCAGAAUAUCAAUGGAUUGAUCGAAUUCGCACACCAAGGGCAUCAAAUGAGGCCAGACAGAGACUCAUUUCUUUAAUGUCAGGUGAACUGCAGAGAAAGAUUGGCUUGAAAGUACUUGAAAUGAGAGGAAAUGCAGUUGUUGGGUACUUACAGUGUUUCGAUCUUGAGGGCGAGUCUGGGUUAGUGGUACGAGCCAUAGGAACAGCGUGUACUCUGGAUAAAUUAAGUAGCCCAGCAGCAUUCCUUCCUGCAUGUAAUUCCCCAUCUAAAGAUAUGAAGGAGAUUCCCUUCAAUGAAGAUCCCAAUCCCAAUACUCACUCAUCAGGACCCUCAACCCCUCUGAAAAACCAAACUUAUUCCUUUUCACCUUCCAAGUCCUACAGUCGACAGUCCUCUUCUUCUGACACAGAUUUGAGUUUGACACCCAAAACUGCACCUUACCCACAGAGACCUGGGAUUUACCUGUUUCCCAGCUCCCCCUCUCUCUCUUGUGAUUCCCUUCAUCUUAAAAAGUCCUGUCUCCUCCUCUCGGAAUCUAGCCUUCCCCCUCAUCCUUCUAGCCUUGUCAGCCCAGUUCUGAGGAAAAGUGUUUCUUUCAGUGAAGAGCUGUUCCUGGCUGCUUCUGGAAUGGGAAGUGGUAGUGCUGGAAAAGAAGGGGGGCCAUUUAAAGCUCUUUUAAGACAACAGACUCAAUCAGCAUUGGAACAGAGGGAAUUUCCGUUUUUCACCUUGACGGCAUUUCCUCCUGGAUUUCUCGUGCACGUUGGGGGUGUUGUUAGUGCACGUUCUGUGAAGCUUUUGGAUCGUAUCCAUAAUCCUGAUGAACCAGAAACUCGAGAUGCAUGGUGGGCAGAAAUCAGACAAGAAAUAAAAUCACAUGCUAAAGCAUUAGGCUGUCACGCUGUAGUGGGCUACAGUGAAUCAACUAGCAUCUGUGAAGAGGUCUGCAUUUUAUCUGCAUCCGGCACAGCAGCUGUACUGAACCCUAGAUUCCUGCAGGAUGGCACCGUGGAGGGCUGCUUGGAGCAGAGGCUUGAAGAAAACUUGCCUCCAGGCUGUGGAUUUUGCCAUAUACCAUAUGAUGAAUUGAAUAUGCCAUUUCCAGCUCAUCUCACAUAUUGCUAUAACUGUAAGAAACAAAAAGUUCCUGAUGUUCUCUUUACAACCAUCGACCUCCCAUCAGAUGCAACCGUUAUUGGGAAAGGUUGUCUUAUUCAAGCAAGGUUAUGUCGCUUAAAAAAGAAAGCACAGGCAGAAGCAAAUGCCACGGCUAUCAGUAAUCUCCUGCCGUUCAUGGAAUAUGAAGUGCAUACUCAGCUAAUGAAUAAACUGAAACUCAAAGGAAUGAAUGCUUUGUUUGGACUAAGAAUUCAGAUUACAGUGGGUGAAAAUAUGUUGAUGGGCUUAGCGUCUGCCACAGGUGUUUAUUUAGCAGCUUUGCCAACUCCUGGUGGUAUUCAGAUUGCCGGGAAGACUCCCAAUGAUGGCUCAUAUGAACAGCAUAUCUCACACAUGCAGAAGAAGAUAAAUGACACAAUUGCUAAAAACAAAGAGUUAUAUGAAAUCAAUCCUCCAGAAAUAUCUGAAGAGAUUAUAGGAUCACCCAUCCCAGAGCCUAGACAACGUUCAAGACUUCUGAGAUCUCAGUCAGAAAGUUCUGAUGAAGUUACAGAAUUAGACCUUUCACAUGGGAAAAAAGAUGCUUUUGUUUUGGAGAUUGAUGACACAGAUGCCAUGGAAGAUGUACAUUCUCUACUUACUGAUGUUCCUCCCCCUUCAGGAUUUUAUAGUUGCAAUACAGAAAUUAUGCCUGGUAUAAAUAAUUGGACAUCUGAAAUACAGAUGUUUACUUCAGUAAGAGUAAUCAGAUUAAGCAGCCUUAACCUGACUAAUCAAGCUCUCAAUAAGAACUUUAAUGAUCUCUGUGAAAAUUUGCUCAAGAGCUUGUAUUUUAAGCUGCGAUCUAUGAUCCCCUGCUGCCUUUGCCAUGUGAAUUUUACAGUAUCUCUGCCUGAAGAUGAAUUGAUCCAGGUGACAGUCACAGCAGUUGCAAUAACUUUUGACAAAAAUCAAGCUUUACAGACCACAAAAACACUUGUUGAAAAGUCAUUGCAAAGAGCCUCUACAGAUAAUGAAGAACUUCUGCAGUUUCCACUGGAACUGUGUUCAGAUUCACUUCCUUCUCACCCUUUUCCACCAGCUAAAGAACACCUGGAGAGUGCAAGUUCUAACUCAGGUAUACCAGCUGCACAGAGAGCAACGUCAGUUGAUUACAGUUCCUUUGCAGACAGAUGCAGCAGCUGGAUAGAGCUCAUUAAACUGAAAGCUCAGACCAUAAGGCGUGGAUCAAUUAAGACAACUGUGACAGUUGAAAAAGCAAGUCCAAUGGGUGAAGGGAAUUUCCGGAAUCGUUCUGCUCCACCUUGUGCAAAUUCCACAGUUGGAGUUGUUAAGAUGACACCUCUUUCUUUCAUUCCUGGAGCAAAAAUAACAAAAUAUCUUGGGAUUAUCAACAUGUUUUUUAUUCGGGAAACCACUUCUCUUCGUGAGGAAGGAGGAGUCAGUGGUUUUCUCCAUGCUUUCAUUGCUGAAGUGUUUGCCAUGGUGAGAGCUCAUGUGGCUGCGCUAGGAGGGAAUGCUGUUGUCUCCUACAUAAUGAAGCAGUGUGUCUUCAUGGAGAAUCCAAACAAAAACCAGGCACAGUGUCUUAUAAACGUAAGUGGUGAUGCAGUGGUCUUUGUUCGUGAAUCUGACUUAGAAGUGGUAUCAACUCAGCAGCCUACUGCCAACUGCCAGCCAUCAUGUACUGAAGGAGAAGUUACAACCUGAAGAUAAUAGAAAGAAAGAGCUCAACCAAACAAAAUUCAUCUGUCUUCAUUGUUUAGUCAUUAAUUACCUUUGUAGACUUAACAUUGAACUUAAUUUAAGAUAAUUAAGAAUCGAGUAGAUUUGAUUUGUCUGGAGUCUCUUGGAGGCACGAGACUCCUCUAAUCUUGAUGCUUGACACUUGGUUUGCCUAGUCUAGAGAGACAGGCCCUUGGAAUCUUAACCCUUCACUAAGUUGAGAUAAAUAUCUAAGAGAACUGUAGCAAAGAUGGAAGCUAUUUAUAAUUUAUGUUGAUUUUAAUAAAAUCAUAAUUUAAAAGAUGAAAUGGGAAGAUUAUCAGGAAAGUAGGAUAGCUACCCUAGCUUAACUUAUAAAAACUAAGCAGGAAAUUCACAAGUUGUUAAUUAGUAAGCAGCCUGAUUUGAGAAACAUAUAGGGAAAAUGGAGAAACAUUUUUAGAAAAUGACUUUGUGGGUUUCUUAAUGUGUUUUUUAUUUUGAUGGAGAAUUCAGUAACAACUGAAAGAGAAAAGUGCUUCAGCCAUCAUUUGAAAAGAAGUUAGAAUUCUGCAACUCUUAUCCAUACUACAUGCUAGUACAUAAAAGAAAAAGUAAUUUAUCAUAGCCAGUGUCCUUUGAUUGAAAGUUUUAAUAUCUCUAAGGAGGGAGGAAAAAAUUAAACUGGCUACAUUUGAGUUAGUAUUGAAUUUGUCUAGAAGAGGCUUGGCUUCAUCUGGAAAGAAAAUGUCAGUGAACUGUGUUGAAGGAGUAAAAAUACAAUUGAUCUAGUAGGAACAAAAAUUAUUUUUUCAUAAAAUUAUACUACUAAGUAAAGAGAAAUUUAGUAAUAAUCUUAGGGAUUUUUGAUGGUGACUUAGACUGUAUUUGGCAUAGAAUUUGAAAAUGUAACUUGAAUGUAAAUAUGCUGCAAAAUGUUGAAUGUAUAAUAGAAAUACUUUUUCUGUCAACGCCAAAUGCCCAUUGUAAAUGAACCUUCCAUAUUAUUUUCCUCCUUGGCACAAUACAGUUUCUUUAUAAAACUCAUGAUUUUGUUCUCCCAGGACAACAAAGAUUGUCCUCAAGAUUAAAAAUCAUUUUCUUGUUAUCUACAGGUGUCAAUAUUUUUCUGUAUUUUGUUUAUAAUUUUAUUUUUUAAAUAAAAAGUUUAUAAA